AUGGAAAAGAGACCAAGGCUAAGUGUGUUCUUUGGCGUCAUAACCCUUUUGACUUUGUUCCAUCAACCCAGUGAACAAUGUCAGGAAGUUAACACCGCAGAAGUUGUUCAGGACUGGUGGCAAACCGCACAAUUUUAUCAAAUUUAUCCGCGAUCUUUUAAGGAUUCCGAUGGUGAUGGUAUUGGUGAUUUGAAAGGUAUUACCUCUAAAUUGGAAUAUCUCAAGGAUAUCGGAGUCACCGCAGCCUGGCUAUCACCUAUCUUUACCUCGCCCUUGGUCGAUUUUGGUUACGACAUUUCCAACUUCUUUGACAUACAACCCGAAUAUGGUACCCUGGAUGAUUUCAGGGAUCUACUAACGAAAGCCAAGCAAUUAGGUAUGAAAAUCAUUUUGGAUUUUGUUCCCAAUCAUUCGAGCACCGAAAAUGAAUGGUUCAAGAAAUCGGUGAAUCGUGAACGGGGCUAUGAGGAUUAUUAUGUGUGGUCCAAUGGCAAGGUGGAUGAGAAGGGUGAGAGACAGCCUCCAAGCAAUUGGUUAUGUACUUUUCGUGGCAGUGCUUGGCAAUGGAAUGAUCAAAGGCAGCAGUACUACCUCCAUCAAUUUGCUGUACAACAGGCGGAUUUGAAUUAUCGUAACCCCGAUGUGGUGGAGCAAAUGAAACGGGUGCUGAGAUAUUGGCUGGACAUGGGUGUUGAUGGUUUUCGUAUUGAUGCUGCCACUGCACUUUUUGAAGCUGAACCCGAUGCGAAUGGCAUCUAUCCCGAUGAAGAGGUGAGUGGCGUCACAGAUGAUAAAGACGAUCGGAAGUAUUUGAAAACGGAAAAAGUGGAUUUACAACCGGAAUGUAUUGAUAUGAUCUACCAAUGGCGCCAGGUAAUGGAUGAUUAUCAAAGGAUCCAUGGUGGUGACACCAGGGUAUUGCUAAUUGAGACCUAUGCUCCCAUGGAGUAUACUAUGCAAAUGUAUGGCAACUCCACCACCAAGGGAGCAGAGCUACCAUUUAAUUUCAAUUUAAUCACUGAAGUGGAUACCGGAUUCAAGGCCAAGGAUGUGCAGAAAGCUGUCGAUGAUUGGUUAACCAAUAUGCCAGCGGGAGGUACUGCCAAUUGGGUAAUCGGUAAUCAUGAUCGUCGUCGUGCAGCCAGUCGUUAUGGUAUACGUAACACAGAUGCCAUGAAUAUGUUGGUAAUGUUCCUGCCUGGGGCCAGUGUUACCUAUCAGGGUGAGGAAUUGGGUAUGACUGAUGGUAAAAUAUCAUGGGAAGACACGUUGGAUAACCUGGCCUGUAAUUCAAAUCCGGAUAUUUUUGAGACAAUUACACGUGAUCCCUGCCGCACUCCGUACCAAUGGAGUGCCGAGAAAAAUGCCGGAUUUUCGGAUGGUCCGAAGACAUGGCUACCUUUGGCUGAGGAUUAUAAAACGGUGAAUGUGGAAAUGGAAUCGAAGGCGGAGAAAUCUCAUUUGAAAAUCUAUAAACAAAUGGGGGAACUGAGAAAGUCGUCCAAGACCUUGCAACAGGGUUCAUAUAAAUAUAAGGCCCUCAGUGAUGGGGUGUUUGUAGUGAAGAGAUAUUUAGCAGGCGAGGAAAGUCUUUUGUAUGUGGCCAAUUACGGUGAGACUCCUUCAAGUGUAAAUGUGUUGGAAAAUUUCGACGGCACCCUGCCAUCUUCAAUGAAUGUGAAAAUAAGCAGUCUGGACUCAAAGAAAAAAGCUGGGAGUACGGUGACUCUUAAGGAAGUUACGCUGGAAGCAGGAGAGGCAUUAGUAUUGGGAACGGAGUAG